AUGGAACUUAAUUUUGAUUUGAGCUCCUUGUCAAUUCCUGGAUGUGUUUUGAAGUCACCACUUUCUAAACUCGAAAAUUCCAAAAUUCAGUGGGCACGAAAAGCGCGACAACAAUCUGAAUUUUUGCUUUUGAGUCGUGCAAUUGAUGAUUUGGCAAAGUUGUCUGCUGAGGCCCAAUCGAUUAAAAAGCCUGUCACGACAUUUGAGCGUUUUUUGGAUGCUCAGGAUGAACAGGCACUUUAUCUUCUCUGGAAAGACGAAAAAAUAAAUGGAUGUGGGGAAAUUGGUGAUGGAACUGUUGCUAAUGGAGAAAAGAAUGGAGAGAUUAAAAAUGGUGGUCAUGAAGAUUUGUUGGCUGUUUCACAAAAUGGAACUACUCCAAAAAAUGUUUUGCUUGGAUAUUUGAAGAUUGUUCGUGAUCGUCGUCUUUAUUUGGUAAAUGAACGCAGUCGUCGUUAUGUUCACACGCCUAUUUGUGUUUUGGAUUUUUACAUUCAUUCUUCUGUUCAGCAUCACGGUUGUGGACUUGAAUUGUUUAAUGGAAUGUUGAAGUCAGAGUCAACAACACCGCAGAAAUGUGCAUUUGACAAGCCAUCAUCUUCAUUACUUCACUUUUUGGAGAAGCAUUAUGGUCUUAAACACCCAAUUUGGCAACCAACAACUUUUGUUGUUUUUCCUGAAUUUUUUGAAGGAUUAAAGCCAGAAGAUGGAGGAAAGGAUGAAAUAAUUGACGAUCAUCAAAUGUCAGCAAUUGAGCGUAACAGGAAAAAUAUUAAUGAGCAUUAUAGUGGAUCACCACAGCAUUUACCAGUUCACGGACAGCGUAAUUUGACUUCUCAUUGUACUACUCAAUCAUCCAUGAAAGAUCAUAUUGGAGAAGACACUCCUCGUGGACGAAAGAAUACGAGGGAUUAUGGACAUCAAUCAUUGUGGUAG